ACUUUAUCCAAAACCUGCGUCCACCUCUGUCAUAUCAUUUGACUGCAUGUGGACAUAGCCUAAUAGUUUGUGAAAAGGACAAAGAGAUACAGAAAAGAUUAGGAAAAACUCAGCCACAACACAGAGACUAUCAGGAUGUCUGGCCCUUACCCAGAAGAGGAGUUACCUGCCAAUCACACAGGUCCUAAAGGGGUAAUCAAUGACUGGCGUCAGUUUAAGUUGGACAGUGUGGAUCAGUCUGCUCCUGUAAGCAAGAGAGAGCUUCUCAGACAAAUGUCAAGCACACGAGAAGAUGACAAGGAGAGAUCGCAAAGAAAGAUGAGUGUUCAGGAGUAUGAACUGAUCAAAGAAGAGGAUGAGCGUUGCCUCAAACACUACAGAAAACAAUGCAUGCAGGAAAUGCAUGAACGCCUGAGUUUUGGUCCAAAGUUUGAAGCGGUCUACGAGCUGGAGAGUGGAGAGGCGUUCCUGGAAGUCAUAGAAAAGGAGCACCGGCUGACCCUUGUGAUAGUGCACAUUUACCAGCAUGGUGUGAAAGGCUGUGAGCAGUUGAACUCAUGUCUGGACUGCCUGGCCUCCGAGUAUUCCAGCAUUAAAUUUUGUCGAAUUGAUGCUGUGGCAACAGGCGCUGCCGAGCGCUUCUCCUCUGAGGUCCUUCCUGCUCUGUUGGUCUAUAAAGCUGGUGAAUUACUUGGUAAUUUCCUGGCAGUUACCAAACACUUCAGUGACGAGUUCUUUGCAACAGACGUGGAGGCUUUCCUCAAUGAUUAUGGCCUGAUACCUGUGAAGGAACUUGCAGCCUGUGCUGAUGGUGAUGAUGAGGGAGGGGACGUUGAAUAGGUCCACGAGGAAAGAGGAAUACAACAGAGAUUGAGAGAAGAGGGAAUGGUGCAGGGUAGGGGAUAAAAGCAGUACACACUAAAACUUGAUAUUUUAUCCAGAUGAGGCGGAAGUAACAACAAAAUCUUUGGUAUAAAUACUGAAAAUAAAAUUAGUUAAGUUAUUGAUUCAUUUGAUUUCUGAACCCUGGAUGAAUUAGUGAUACCUGGCAUAAUAAAACACAACAUGAUCAUUCAGUGCAGCCAUGGCAACAAAACAAGAGGCACAAGGACCAUGCCAGAGCUUUUCUAAACUUUAUUAUUUAGCUUUUCAUCCUUUAUUAUUUCAGACAGCAGACUACAUUUCAUAAACAGAGUCAAAAGACAAAUAUGUUUGAAGGCUAGUUAACAGACGUCUCCACCUGUGAUAACAGUGAACAAAACAACCCAA